UUCCUCAGUACACAUAUUAAGGAACUUGGCUAUAAAAUGUGUUUUUCCAAGCUAGCUACGACUAAGUAGCUCUGCUUUAUUUCCUCUGUUUUAACUGGAGCAAAAGCCGGAGACCCUGUUCGGAUUUGAAGGAAAUGGCUGUCGGAGGUUUUGCCGUUGACGGGCCUGUCGGUGGCUUUAACGGCAAGAUAACUAUAUCAGUUGUGAUUACUUGCAUCGUAGCUGCAUCUAGCGGCCUCAUUUUCGGCUAUGACAUUGGAAUUUCAGGAGGUGUAACAACGAUGGCGCCAUUUCUCAAGAAAUUCUUUCCAUCAGUAUUGAGGAAGGCAUCGGAGGCCAAAACAAACAUGUACUGCGCAUAUGAUAGCCAGGUUUUAACAGCAUUCACAUCAUCGUUAUAUAUAGCUGGGUUAUUUUCUUCCCUCGUGGCUAGCCGUCUUACUACCAAAUUAGGCCGCAAGAAUACCAUGGUGCUAGGUGGCUGCACUUUCCUUGCCGGCGCUGCCAUGAAUGGUGGUGCUGCCAACAUUGCCAUGCUCAUCCUAGGCCGUAUCUUGCUUGGUUUUGGAGUUGGCUUCACUAACCAGGCAACUCCUGUUUAUCUAUCGGAGGUAGCACCACCAAAAUGGCGAGGCGCAUUCAACACAGGGUUCCAAUUUUUCAUAGGCAUUGGUGUAGUAUCGGCUAAUGUUAUAAAUUAUGCUACAGCUAAGCAUAGUUGGGGCUGGCGUCUCUCCCUUGGCCUUGCCAUAGUACCUGCAGCUAUAAUGACAAUCGGAGCACUGCUUAUUUCAGACACUCCUAGUAGCCUGGUAGAACGUGGAAAGCUUGAGCAAGCUCGAAAAUCUCUAAUCAAAGUUCGAGGAAUCGAUACUAAUGUGGAUGCUGAGCUUGCUGAGCUUAUCAAGUCUAGUGAAGUAGCCAAAGCUGCUCAAGAAGAACCUUUUGUGACUAUUUUUGAAAAGCAGUACAGGCCUCAUUUAGUAAUGUCAAUUGCUAUACCAUUUUUUCAACAAGUAACUGGGAUUAACAUAAUUGCAUUUUACGCCCCUGUUCUUUUUCAAUCAGUUGGCUUUGGAAGCAAUUCAUCUUUAAUAGCUGCUAUAAUACUUGGAUUAGUUAAUCUUGCUUCAAUUUUGGUGUCUACGGGUGUGGUUGAUCGUUAUGGUCGAAGAUUUUUGUUCAUAUUUGGAGGGACUCAAAUGUUCAUUUGUCAGGUAGCAGUAGCUUGUGUGCUAGCAGCGACAACAGGCGUUUCAGGCACGAAGCACAUCUCCAAAGGCUACGCCAUAGUAGUACUGGUUUUAAUGUGUAUAUAUGCUGCUGGUUUUGGUUGGUCAUGGGGUCCUCUAAGCUGGCUAAUCCCAAGUGAAAUAUUUCCUAUGAAAAUUAGACCUGCAGGUCAAAGUUUAAGUGUGGCUGUAAAUUUCGCAACCACAUUUGUUCUAUCACAGACGUUCCUGACCAUGCUAUGUCACUUCAAAUAUGGGACGUUCUUAUUCUAUGCUGGUUGGAUAGCCCUGAUGACAUUUUUUGUUGUAUUUUUCUUGCCAGAGACGCGAGGAAUUCCUCUGGAUUCAAUGUAUCAAGUGUGGGAGAAGCACUGGUACUGGCGUCGGUUUGUUCAAGGGAAAUUGUAGGCAAAAGUUUGCUUUACAAUUAUGGUUUUAAUCUGGUUACAGCCUUUAUGGGAAUAACAUUUUGUUAAGACAGUGUUAGAGAGCUUAAUUAUAUUUUAUACAGUAUAAAUGACACAAAAAAUUCAACAUUCUAUAUGUAUAAUUGUCUUAUUUUAUUUCUA